GAUGACAGCAUUUCUAAUGUUGUAACGAAUGUUUCUGUACAACACUCUUGCCAUAAAAGUCACGGCAUCUCAAAAAGCAGUUAAUCUUCAACUGCAUCAGCACGCAUUCAAGCUGAGGUAGAGAGCGGCGCUUGAAGCUCCCGCCGCAGCUUUAAAGGAGAAGCACGCUCUGGAAGAGGAAACAGAGGAGCUACGGAGAAGAAAGGAAAGGCUGGAGCUUGAUUCGGAAAUAGCCGCUUCUGCUGCUAAAUUAGCAGUAUUAUCCACUUUCAGUCACCAAGCUCGCUCAAGUACACAGUCAGAUGGAAUGGAAACUUAUUUUGAAAAAAGAGCAAGGUUAAAGGACCCUUACACCAAUUUCCAAAUUCAUGAAGAAGUAGCUAGGUUAAAGGAAACCUUCACUUCACUAAAUCCACAAGUAGAUGCAUAUAAAGUGUGUUGUGUCUGACUGUGGAGCAGAGUACAGAGGACAUUCUCUUAGCUCUCUCAGCUUCUACAGGGUCCAUAUCUUACCAGUUCUUUGUUAGCAGUUAUUACACGUUUCAGACAAGAACCUGUGGCCAUAAUGGUUGACGCCAAUGUUCCGCCAAGUCAAGGUAGCCCAAGAUAAUCAAGAUUUCCUGUGUUUCUUGUGGUGGCCUGAGGGCGAUUUUAAAUCAAGAACUUGUGGAAUACAGGAUGACAUGAUGCAUCUGUUUGGGGCAGUAUCAUCUCCCAGCUUUGCUUGUUACGCUCUACGAAAGACUGCAGAAGAUCAUCAGAACAGUUUCUCCGAUGAGCACCACCCACCCACAAAGACUGUAGACCACCCCCAGGAAAAGGAAGGUGGGAGGGGAUAGAGAAGAACCACGGCAACCAGCACUUAAGUAACUUACAGUCUACACGGAGGGCAAAGGGAGGAUCAGAAAAAAGGAUUGGUGGCUGCGUUUGACAAGCUUUUCACUUCCUGUCAUCUUACGGAAAAGUAAACCUAAAGCAGAGAGGUGGAGACUGUUGCUUGGAUUCUCACACACACAUUUUCUUUUUUGCCGUACUUUAGGAUGACUUCAUGGGUGAAAGAUGAAUCUUCAGCUGUUGGGUGAUUGAUGUGAGUGAUUCUGCUGUGAUGGAGGGACUUUCUCAGCAGACCCAGUGAUUCCCACUGCCGCUUUUGCCUCCUGCUAAAUGUGGAAAGCCUAGGAUGGAAGACCCACCAGGUGCUGCUCUGAGGCACUGGAACAACACUCUCAACCUCCACAACCUCAACCAUCUCGCCUCCUCCUUUGCACACACUUGCACAACCAGCUGCUUCACCGCCAUCUCCAACCAGACAGGGGCCACCGUCACCGGGUGACAAGAUUCCAGGAUGUUUAUAAAUUUCCGCCGGAUACGAAAAUGCCAGUGUGUGCAGCUGAUGACCACCUGCCUGGUGCUGUCAGUGGUGAUGGUUUGCUGGGAGCAGCUGGACAACAGUGUCAUCAGCCACGUCAAGUCCUACUCCUACCGCUACCUGGUAAACAGCUUCACCUACAUUAACAGGAGCCUUACUAUCUCACAUGAGCAGGCCAGAAGCUUCAGCAACUUCAGUUACCUGCUGGACCACCCGGAUAAGUGCGCCGGCAAGGACGUCCUCCUUCUUCUCUUUGUCAAAACAUCCCCAGAGAACAUUAAGAGGCGAAACGCCAUUCGAUCCACCUGGGGUAAUGAGACCUACAUCCAAAACACCUUGGGAGUGACAGUCAAGGUGGUGUUUGCCUUAGGAGCGCCUCGGACCAAGAAGGAGGAGCCCUCGUGGAGCGAGAGGAGCGGUGUUGGUUUUCAGCAGCAGCUCAUCCACGAGGACCAUCUCCAUGGUGAUUUGAUCCAACAAGACUUUUUAGACUCCUUCCACAACCUGACUCUGAAGCUGAUCCAACAGUUCCACUGGAUGCACAGCCGCUGCGCACAUGCCCGCUUCCUCAUGACCGCUGACGACGACAUCUUUGUCCACAUGCCCAACCUGGUGAGCUACCUGCAGGACAUGAGCAGCAGAGGCGUCGUAGACUUUUGGGUUGGUCGUGUGCACAAAGGGGCGCCGCCAAUCCGCAGCAAAAACAGCAAGUACUAUGUGCCCUAUGAGAUGUACCAGUGGUUGUCAUACCCUGACUACACUGCUGGGGCCGCGUAUGUUGUCUCCAGGGACGUAGCUGACAAAAUAUACCAAGCCACGUUGACCCUGAACGCCUCUCUUUACAUAGACGAUGUGUUCAUGGGCAUCUGUGCCAAUGCCGCCGGUGUGUCACCCCAGGAGCACGUCUAUUUCUCAGGUGAGGGCAAAGCACCCUACCACCAGUGUAUCUACGACCAGAUGAUGACCUCACAUGGUCAUGUUGAGGAUAUCUUUGACCUGUGGAAGGCAGCGACCCACCCGCAGGUGAAGCAGAAGACCUCUGGACUCCUAGGGAGGCUUUACUGCACAGCUGUGAAAAUGGUUCUCCUUUGUAAACCAUACUAUUUUAACACCUACCCUUGCAAAGCAGCUUUUUGGUAGGAGAUUGUGGGGUUUGUGUGCAUGUGACAGAGAGAGGGGGAGUGUGUCAUGGUCACAGUGAAAGGAAGAUCAUUGAUGCAAAUAUUACCUCAAAACACUGGAGUGUAUGUUUUGUUUCCAGAGGCAAAGAGACCUUGUCUUGAUGGUUUAAUAAUUUCAUAACAGUGGCUUUGCAUUGACCACAGAAUGUGGUCCAAAAAGGUCCUUAAAAAAGAUGCUGCUUACAUGUUGUCCCUACACAAACUCACCGGGCUCACUAAUGUAAUAUUUAAUUAGUUAUUUUCCAUCUUAGCCAUUUGAUUAAGAGAAUACUUCCUCUUUAUCUUGGAUUUUAUUUCCAAUUCUGUGCCUCACAAAAGGGUUGACAAAAAUUUGAAAUACUACGAUAUUUUCUUAAUUUAAGGCCACUUCUCUCACUGGCGGUUACGAAUUUCAUUACCUUAAUAGAGACAGAGCAAAUUUAUACCCACCCACACUGGAGGGGGAAAACAAUGUGAAGGUCAAUUGUCAAUUUUGUCUGCUAACAAAGAAAAAUGCCUAAAACCUGCCUUGCGGUGGGUCGCACUAACAGGGUAAAGAACCCAUGAACUAAAUUUGUAUGAGCUGCCACC